AUGGAUAUCGACAAUACCAGCAGUACUUUAAACUUUCCUAAUAGUAAGCUUCAUAAUCUUAAUCAAGUAGGUAGUGACCACAUCCCAAUCAUGCUAGUUUCUGAUGCUAAAGUACCUUAUUUUUGGAAACCUUUCAAGUUCUUCUUAACUUGGCUUAAUGAUGAAUCUUGUGCAACUGUUAUUGCUAAUGCAUGGAAUUCUAGUUUCAAUGGCUCACCUGCUUUCCAGUUAGUCAGCAAGCUCCACAUCACAAGGAAGAUGUUAUCUCUAUGGAAUAAGGAACAUUUUGGGAACAUAAUCCAGAAAGUUGACAAUCUACAAAAAGAGUUACUAUACUUCAACAGAAACCUCCUGAUACAAGCACAAAUGAUGAAAUUAUCUGCACUAACAGAUAAUUGA